AUGGAUUCAGUUCCUAAGGUCGACAAACCAACUGAGCAUGACCGCCAACCCACUACCUCUGAGCUUUUCUCGAGUGCCAAGGUAGUGGCUGGGGCAGCUCAAGCCUCAUUCGGAAAUGAAAAGGACAAGGUAGACAAAGUCAAAGCUGCUGGUGCUGCAGAAGAUCUUCUUCAAGCUGCCUCUAAAUAUGGAAAGCUAGAAGAGAAAGGUUUGGGCCAGUAUGUAGAUAAGGCUGAGACUUAUCUCCACCAGUACCACUCUAAUUCCCAGCCAUCCACCACCUCCACCACCACCACCGCCGCCCCCAGCACCACUGGUUCUGGCCACACAGCCCCUGUUGACAAAAAAGAAUCGUCAGCCCAUCCGACUGGUGGUGAUGAUGACAAGUCUGGAAGUGGGCUCGGGGGAUCUGUCAAGUCAUUGGCCCAAGGGUUCUUCAAGUAA